CUCGAGUCCGGAAGAUAAAGAGCGUCGCGACGCCGGGUUUAACGUGACGAAUGAGCCAGACGUUACGCAUUGCACCACAGGAAAUGACCAGUGCCGUCUAAGAAAACCAACAAUAUGAACGAAUCAGCAUGGAGGUUCCUCCUCGUCCUGGCUAUCUUAGCGUUUAUCCCUCAAAGCAUCCCAGCCGAGCAUCAUCGCAAGCGGGAUUUGCGAUCCCGAGGAACAGUUAUUUACGCUGAAACGGACUGUCCUUAUCCUUGCACGUGUCCGGUGAUGGGUCAGGAAGUGUGUAGGGAGUGCGAGGAGUGUCCGAGACAGCUGGGCGAGCCCUGCAGCGAGGACAGGCCCUGCGAUAAGCAACGGGGGCUUGUAUGUCGAUAUAAACAUGGCGAUGCUGAAGGAGUUUGCAGAGAAUCAACUGGAGUGCCAUGCAUCGUGCACAACAAGACCUACGAGCACGGUGAGACCUUUUCUUUGGACUGUCGCACUCAAUGUGCUUGUCAGAACGGGACAUACGGAUGCUCGUCGCUGUGCCCCCAGGAGCACAUCUCGCCGCGGGGCAACUGCCAGCACCCCCGUUUGGUGGACGUCCCCUCGCAGUGCUGCCGUGAGUGGAUGUGCGACAGCCAAACUGCAGAGCAACCCCCGGCCUGCCAGCCGGCCUUCUCCAGGUGGUCGGCCUGCAGCACCGACUGCGGCGCGGGGCUGUCCUCCAGGAGGUCCAAUUUGAACGCGAGGUGUCUUCCGGACACGGAAAUCAGGAUAUGUCAGACGAGGAGGUGCCAGGAGGCCGCCCCCACCGUCCAUCACAAGAACCAACACCAUCUCAGACGGGGCCACGAAUGCAAGGCCACCCACCGCCUCAGCAGUGGUGUGUACCUCCGCUUCGGGCCUUGUCGCAGCCGGAAGCGCUUCCGGCCGAAAUACUGCGGCUUGUGUCCCAUCCCCGGGAUGCAAUGCGCCCCCUCGCUCAGCACCACCGUCAAGGUGGAGUUCGUGUGCGACGGGCCGCAGCCCGAGGAGGCCGUCUCCGAGCUUCUCCCGGAGUACCUGGAGCCUGGAGAGGACCUCUGGACGGAUGCGUCGCCCUGGAAGACCGACAAAGUCUCCCGUUUGAUAACAGUGUCAGUCCAGUGGGUGUUGAAGUGUCGCUGUGAACCGGAGGACCACGAACCGACCUCGAGUACGGGCGAGGUGAUCCUGCACCGGGUUCACAGGACUGCCGCGCCGUAAGCACAUAUCGUAGUCUUUCAGGAGGACCAAUUUUCGAUAACAUCUAAUUUAGCGUUGUUUGUGUGUUUGGUGUGGUAGGCUUGCGGUCUGGACUGUUCAAGGACUAAGAUGUUUGUGAUAUAUUUACUUUGUAAUUAGAUACAGAGUGCGCCAGGACUUGCGCCAAAGAUACAUGGAAAAAAUGUUAAAAAAUUCUAUCUACAAAAAUUUCGAAGUAGUGAGAAUUUAUAUUUUUCACUGAUUCUAUUU